CCUGGAAGCCCUAGAGAAAUUGUCUCCAGUUCACACAGAUCCAGCAGGAGGAGAUGUCGACGAUCGGUCCAGAAGACGCGACAGAAGCGGAAGGAGGAGGAGGAGAGAUGUCGAUGGUGGGUCCGGAAGAAGACAGGGAUCCGAUGAUAGCGGAGGCCGAGCGGUUCGUGGAGAACUACUACAGCACGUUCGACGCGAACAGGGAGGGCUUGGUGAACCUGUACCGGCAACGAUCGGUGCUGAUUUUCGGCGGCCGGAAGAUUCAGGGCAAGGAGGCUAUCCUCGCCAAACUCACCUCCCUUCCGCAGCCGUGCCACCACGAAAUCGCCGAGUUCGAUUGCAGGACCUAUCGCUUGGCACCCGCAUCGGCAUCGGUCGCCGUGUCCGUCCUGGUCCGCGGCGGGACGUGGGUAGGCGGCAAGAAGGAGGAGGCGGACGGCGCCCUUAUAGAGCAGAGCUUCGAUCUGGUGCCAGCACGAGGAGGAAGCUUUUACAUAGCUGAACAAUCUGGGAUGUUCUUUGAUCUCAAGAAGCCUCGGACCGGGCGUAUGUCCACCUGGGUACCGAAACUUCCCGCCCCGGGAACGCCCAUGUAUGCCUCGUUAUUUCAAAUCCUAUCCUCGGCAUACCCGCCGACGUCGGCUGCCACGGCACCGAGUACGCCUCCGCAUUUCGAACGCCUCAGCAUUUCGAAUCCGAAUACCCAUGAUGAAACUUCCUCUAAAACUGUUUUAUUUUUUCAAUGUUUUGUUGCAGUACUUUGUGAAACUUGUACACACAGAUAG